AUGGAAGCUAAACUGGAGGCAGAACUUCAGCUUCUAAAGCUUACACGAGGAAGGACGAAAUCUGUCGUGGAGAAGGGAAAUAUCGAGAAGAUCACUCGACAUAAAGAAACUCUGGGAAAGAUUGUGGCAUCUAUAGAAGACUUGAAGCUAGACAUCGAGAAAGGUAAGCUUGAAGCGGGGAAAAGCAUUGACGAAGUUGAUGAAUGGGGAAAAAUUAUCGAGCAAACGAUUGAUGAUGUAGAUAAAGAAGUAGAAGAUUUAAAUCGUCAUCUCGAAGAAGCUGGGGCAAAAGCAAUAAACAAAAAACGGGAAGAGGAAGAGGAAGAGGCUCUUCUAGCCAAAAGGAGGGAGGAUGAACUGAACUUUGAAAAACUUAAACUUGAGCAAAAAUCAAAAAUGCAGUCGCCCGAUCAGCCCGCCGAAAAACCCCUAAGUAAGGGAAAUGUCAAAAUGCCAAAGCUGGUAAUUACGAAAUAUGACGGCACCUACGAAAAGUGGCUUUCCUUUUGGAACAAGUUCAAAGCGGAAAUCGAUGCAGCCGAUAUUCCCCCGGUUACUAAAUUUGCUCAUCUCAAAGAAUUACUGGAAAGUGAUGUUUGUGAAUCAAUCGAUGGCCUCCCAUUUAGUCCUGAAGGUUAUGAACGUGCUAAAAAUAUCUUGAAGUCCAAUUAUGGCAAGACAAGCGAGAUUGUGAGAGCGUAUAUUGAUAACAUCAAUGGUUUACCUGUGGUAACUGGAUGCAUCCCUAAUGAAAUUCAUAAAUUUUGUCAGACUUUGAACUACAAUGUUCAAUCAUCAGAGACUCUAGGUAAACUUUCUGGGUGUUUAUUUAUGGUGCGUGGCGACCUAGACAAAUUGCCAGACAUAAAGGCAGACCUCGUGAGCGGAAAACCGGGAUGGCAAGAUUGGGGUUUCGGGGACCUUAUGCAGGCUUUAGAAGAAUGGAAAGCCAUUCAUCCGAUGGAAACUCUGGGGGUAGAAAAGGCAAACGAAACGUCUCCGACUCCGCCGAUUUAUCACCCGCCGCGUCCGCCGCGUCCCCCACGUUUGCCUCGUGACAGAAGUUUCUACGCGCGACAGGGCGAACCCAACCCACGACACGCGUGUGUCUACUGCGAUCGCGUGACACACAGAUCUUGGGAGUGUGAGAACGUGACAUCUCCAGCGGAGCGCCGUCGCAUUCUACAAAACAAACGCUUGUGCUUCAACUGCACUGGGCCUCAACACAGCGCUUCACAAUGCCGAAGCCGCGCAUCUUGCGUACACUGCAAACAAAGGCACCACUCAUCUAUUUGCGACCGACCGUCGGCAACUGGACGCCAAAGAGCGAACAACGGCGGAGUGGCUCUAACUGCAACUCAAGAAGGAGAGAAAGUCUGCCAUCCAAUCGUACUUGUCAAGUUGAAUGGCGUGACCUGUAGAGCCCUACUGGACACCGGUGCGACUGCGUCUUAUGCUUCAGGAUACAUCUUGGAUCGUCUAAACCUCGUACCAGCUCGCACUCUAACACGCCGUAUACAAACUAUCGUGGGCAUAGUGACUAAGCGGACAGAAACUUACAAUACGCAAGUGAGUGACACUAAAGGAAACAAUGCAAUUUCAUUACGAGUAACUAGAGUAGACCGCGCUGAACUUUUGUCCGUGGAAAAUCCUAACUAUAAGGAAAUGAUCAGCAAAUACCGCCAUCUGGAAGGCGUUUCAAUGGAAGACACCGACACUAAGAGCUUACUUCCGGUCCAUGUUAUUCUGGGCGCGAGUGACUACGCGAAGAUAAAAACUCGAGAAUCCCAACGCACCGGAGCUAUCGGCGAGCCUGUGGCUGAGUACACUCUUUUUGGAUGGACCAUCAUGUCACCAGGAACGGAGACAGACCUGGACAAGAUGUUUCUAGCGCAGACGGCCUCGAAUGACUAUGAAGAGCUUUACCGGAUGGACGUCCUAGGACUCGAAGACAAACCUAAUGGCGAUCAGAGCGUUGUUUAUGAAGAAUUCCUUGAACAACUCAGCCGCAGCCCUGAGGGUUGGUAUGAAACUGGCCUUCCCUGGAAAGAGGACCAUCCUCCGUUGCCCUCUAACAAGUCUGGAAGCUUAAAGCGACUGGGGAGCCUAGUCCAACGACUUAAGAAGACAGGAAGGCUAGACGACUAUGACGCUAUCAUGCAAGACCAGCUUAACGAAGGAAUUAUUGAAGAAGCAGAGAUGCCAGCAACUCAAAGAGAAUUCUACAUCCCGCACAAAGCAGUAGUGAGAGAGAGUGCAGAAACUACCAAGAUGCGUAUUGUCUACGAUGCCUCAGCAAGAGCGUACGACUCAGCCCCUUCCCUAAACGACUGUCUGGAAGUUGGACCACCCCUGCAGAAUCAACUAUGGAAGGUACUCCUAAGGGGACGGUUUCAUUCAGUGGCUAUCGCUGGUGAUAUUCGCAAAGCAUUUCUUCAAGUGCGUAUCCGAGAGCAGGACCGAGAUGCACUGCGGUUUCAUUGGUUGGAAAGCAAGGAUCCUUUUCGUGUUCGCACGUACCGAUUCACCAGAGCUCUGUUUGGUUUGGGACCCUCGCCGUUUCUGCUUGGCGGCGUAAUUCAGCACCAUCUGAACACUUGCAGACCUACACACCCUGAUCGCGUAGCAGAAAUCGAGCGAGAACUGUACGUUGACGAUCUCAUUUCUGGUGGAGGUACUAUCCAAGAAGCGAAACAAAAGAAAGCUACAGCAACUGAGAUGUUCCACCAGGCCACCUUUCACUUACACAAGUGGCAUUCAAACGUGACUGAACUAGAGCUCACUGAAGAAACUGAAACUGGGGAUGACUUAAGCUACGCCAAGCAACAACUCGGAAUCAAGCCGAGAGAAUGUGGGCUGCUUGGUUUAAAGUGGAACAAACUGACGGACGAAGUUGGAGUUACAAUUCCAGAGGAAGUUGCCCAACCGACAAAGAGAGGGAUUCUGGGAAAAGUGGCGAGGAUCUAUGACCCCCUUGGUCUUAUCGCUCCAAUCACCCUGCAAGGAAAGCUUCUGUACCGCGAUGCCUGUAAAGAGAAACGUGCAUGGGACGCUCCGUUAUCCACCCCCCUAGAACAGCAGUGGCAGAAGUGGGAACGUUCCUUGCCGCAACACGUAACUUGUCCACGAGCACUUACCAGCGUCCAAGAACCUAUCGAGGACAUUAAACUUCAUGCUUUUGGAGACGCGAGCGGAAAGGGCGUGGCCGCUUCUGUGUACGCUGUGGUCAAACAGUCAAGCGCAAUCAACCAAGGCCUGGUUACAGCAAAGGCAAGACUGGCCAAACAAGGGCUGACAAUACCUCGCCGCGAACUGGUCUCCGGUCACAUGGCUGUAAAUCUUCUGACCAACGUACAAGAUGCACUUCAAGGACUCCCUGUGACUUCGCUGCAUUGUUGGCUUGACAGCAGCGUUGCCUUACAUUGGAUACUAAAAGGAGGAGACUAUAAGCAGUUUGUGGCCAACCGGGUACGAAAAAUUAGAGAACACUCUAAUGUUGUCUGGAGGCACGUACCUACUCAGGAUAAUCCUGCAGAUCUUGCUAGCCGAGGUGGACUGGUAACUGAGGAGAACCAACUGUGGUGGAAGGGACCAGAGUGGCUAAGUGAUCCUGCGAAAUGGCCAGCCGACCUUGUGACCGCGCCCACCGCUGAAUCUAACGCAGAAAUGAAAGCUACAAAGGAGCUCUUUGCCAUGGCCGUUAAAGCUGAUGACGAUCUAGACCAUCUUCUGGCCAAGCACAACUACUGGAAGACUUUGCGAGUGUGCGCUUGGAUUAUGCGGUUCGCAAACAACGCUAGAGCUAAAAGAGCGACAAGAACAAAGGGACCCCUGACAACAGACGAAAUUGAGAAGCAGAAACACUUUUGGUUGCUACGCGUACAGAGCCGGGGAAGUGAAAGCAUGGAGGAAGAUCGCCUGUGCCUAAACUUACAGAAGAACAAAGAUGGAUUGCUUGAGUGCCGUGGGAGACUGCAAGGGGUCUAUCCGAUAUACAUCCCAGACGCCACAACGUUCGCAAACAAAUAUGUCGAACACGUCCACAAAGCCACUCUUCACGGGGGAGUGGGGCUUACUAUGGCUAAAGUGAGAGAAGAGUUCUGGAUUCCCCGCCUGAGGCGCCUCGCGAAGAAAGUCAUCAGGGAGUGUUAUGGGUGCAAACGCUUCCAGGCUGUUGCUCUCGCAGCUCCACCCCCCGGUUUAUUGCCUCUGGAGAGAACUGAGGGCUCAACUCCCUUUGAAAUUGUUGGCGUAGAUUUUGCUGGGCCGAUUAAGUACCGCAAGUCCUCUCGUGUAGAAGGAAAAGGCUAUCUGGUGCUCUACACGUGCAGUUUAACGAGAGCCUUGUACUUGGAGGUCCUGCCUAAUCUGGAAACUACUACCUUUCUUUCAAGCUUGAAGCGUUUCAUCGCUAGACGUGGACGACCUUUAAAGAUCUUUUCAGACAAUGGAAAAACGUUCGUAGGAGCGGCAAACCUACUGAAAGGAAUCCAGAAAGAUGAGCAAGUUCAAGGCUACCUUGCAUCGGAGAAGAUUAUCUGGAGGUUUAACCUAAGUCGAGCACCCUGGUGGGGUGGCCAGUUUGAGCGACUAGUGGGCCUCUUCAAACGUGCAUUCUAUAAAGUAAUUGGUGGAGGAAUGCUAUCCUGGUCAGAGCUGUGCGAAGUCGUGCUAGAUGUUGAAACUCAACUAAAUCGCCGCCCCCUGUCCUAUGUAGAAGAUGACGUCCAGCUCCCUCUACUCACCCCAUCUUCUUUCCUAUUCCAAAGAUGUAUUCGCCUCCCUGAACAAGAACCAUGGCGAGAGGAGACAACUGACCUACGAAAGCGUGCCAAGUAUUUGAGGUCUUGUAAGGACGCUGUGUGGAGACGCUGGUCUCGAGAGUACUUGGCGACGCUCAGAGAGCGUCACAACUGCAAUGGAAAAGGCAAGGCGAGGCCCUUAAAGCCUGGUGACGUCGUUCUCAUUCGUUCAGAAGAAAAGAACCGAGGAAAGUGGCCAUUAGGAGUGGUCGUUAAACUAUUCAACGGCCGUGAUGGAAUUGUACGUGGAGUGAAGCUGCGCGCAGGGAAAACGUUUCUGGAGAGGCCGAUUCAACACCUUUAUCCCAUGGAACUAGCAUGCGAUAGAGCGCCGGAGAGAGCUGAAGUCCUUACCCCCCUGAAUGCUAAAGCGCCAGUUUUUCGUCCACGGAGAGAUGCUGCGGUUGCAAACUAA